AUGCGUGCGGGUCUUCUUGUGUCUGGAGCUGGUCCGGAACCCAAGAGGAGGCCACCACCGCCACCCAGCUGCGGCUCGAAGCACCGUCGUGGGUCGCCCGCCGAGACAAGCUCGAAGCUUUCCUGGAUCAAGGGCAGCGCUCUCAAGAACAUUCAGCAAAUUGAUGCCAACAUCAAGGGCAGGGCUCUCAAAGACAUCCGGCAACUUGAUGUCAAGAUUGAGCUCAUCAAUGAUCCAUCUGCCGCUGCUCGUCGUCCCGGCGCUGGUGGCCGUCGCAAGUCUCUGCCGAUUUGCCUGAACAUCAAGGUGCUCCAGCACGGCCUUCGCACCGCUGCUCAACAGGAGCUUCACGGCAUCACAGACCAGUGA